UAUAGAACCAAUAACCGCUCGUGCAAAAUUAAAGUGGUUUGAGCUGUUGAUAGACACGCACACAGACAGUUUAGAGACCAUCUGUUUAUUCAAACAUCACAGAACAUUUUCAGCCCACACUGUGUUGGUACUAAAGCUAUCGGAGAGUUUCUGGUAUUGAUUGUAGACUUGGAAGGUUGCUGGCGGACUCUUCCGGGAAUAUCGGAGGAAGGAGGAACGGGAUGGUGUCUCUUUAUCCUCCCCCUCAGGGUCAUGAGUGUAUCUGAGGGGGUUGGAGAAGGUUUGAGAGAGUUUUCAGGAUGGAGGUGAAGGGAGGCAGAGCUUGAGGAUCUCUGGACUCGACGCUGAAGGAGCACGCGCCGGACUUAACACACGUUCUCAGGUUCAUAGCAUGAAAUAAACCCGUCUUCAUCAUGGUUUCCUCAGCGCCAAGCAACACGACUCCACUUUGCUUCUCCAUCAACAGCCCGCCUUUCAUUCACAACCACACCAUCACCUCGGCGUACUUCUCGGCGGUCUUCAGCGGCCUCGGCUUGAGCUCCAAUCUCUUCGCUUUGGUGGUUCUGGCCAAGACCUUCCACCACACCAAGAGCCGAUCGCGCUCCUCGUUCCUGCUCUUCCUCGGCGGAUUGGUGUUCACCGACUUCAUGGGGCUGUUGGUCACCGGGUCCAUCGUGGUGUCUUUCCACAUCACACAUUUCAACUGGCGCCAACUGGACCCUCAUUGCCACUUCUGCAACUUCAUGGGCAUGUCGAUGGUCUUCUACGGCCUUUGUCCGCUGCUUCUCGGCGCCGCGAUGGCCGUGGAGCGAUUCGUAGGCAUCAACCGACCCUUCGCGCGCUGCACCGCCAAAUCCAGCAGCAGAGCAUGUUUGACGGUGGUCAUGGUUUGGGUCACGGCCGGCUGCAUCAGUCUCCUGCCGUUGGCCGGAUUGGGAAGCUACCAUCUCCAGAUCCCUGGUUCCUGGUGCUUCCUCAACAUCAGCUCCAAACCGCUGGAGAUGACCUUCGGUUUGAUCUUCUCGCUCGUGGGUUUGCUGUCGCUAGCCGUGUCGUUCCUGCUCAACACGGUGAGCGUCGUCACCCUACUGAAGGUGUGCUGCGGACAGGACAGUUCUCAACGGAGACGAGACUAUGAAGUGGAGAUGAUGGUGCAGCUGAUUUUAAUCAUGGCCAUCGCCUCCGUCUGCUGGUGCCCUCUACUGGUGUUUAUUGCAGAGACCGUGCUGUCGGGCAGCGAGCUCAACGUUCGCAGCCUGCUUCUCUGGCUUCGUUUUGCGACGGGGAACCAGGUCCUGGAUCCCUGGGUCUACAUCCUAUUCCGACGUGCCAUUCUGAAACGCAUGGCUCCCAAGAUGGACUGGUCCCGCGGCUCCAUCAUCAGCCUCUAUCCUACGCUCUCCACGUCCUUCCGAAAACUCACACGCGCCUCUCUUGGAGGGACGAUUGACCGUUUGGAUCAUGACCGCCGCAAUCCAGACAAACCCAGACGAGAGAACACAUCUCUACCUGUGCAGAACGCCACUGUGGAGUCUAGUUCCAUUUAGCAGCCAAGACUGGCAUUUAUCUUCUACUUCAUUAAUGAUUCACUGUCUAAUAUGGCGCCCAAAGUAAGGCAUGAGCCACCUUUUGAACCCUUCGUGUGUGGAGAAGUUCUCUAGUCGUACAUGUUUGAGAAGUGUAUAUUUGAGCUCUUACGACAUUACAAACUUACAUGAACUUGGAGAGCGAAGCUGUCGAGGAAAACGUACUGUAGAAACUUGCAGGCUUGAGUGGGAAAGUGGGCGGGGCUUGAUUUUUCCAGUUGGCCGGUGAUUGGAGGAUGGAAAGUGACGGUUGGAGGGGGAGGGGUUGAAAAGUAUGCAUGUUUGAUGUAUUUUGGGGGCGGAGCCUUUGCACAAUAGUGCCCGCCUACUUUCCAUCAGUUAAUGUAGUUUUUUGCAUUAAUUUCCCAUUUGUUUAAGAGUUAAACCAAUCCAUGAACCAAAUCAACCAACUAUGAGGUGA